UUAGAUGAACUGGUCUGGAGGGUUUGGGCUUCACCUAAGAAGAGUCAUCACCAUCAACAGAUCAGCUGUCUGAUGGGUGUGGCUGCUGCUGUUUACCCCUAAAAUCCUACCAUAUAUUCAGAGGACUCUCUGCCAUCCUGGGUGUGUGACAUAAAGAGACCCGUUUCCAGCAGCCGCCACCAUGCCUGAGACCGCAGAGUCCCACUCUGUCUCCCUCACCACCAACCGCAACUGCACCAUUGAGAUCACCAAUGUCAGCUCCACCUUCUGUCUCGUAAACCCAAAGGUUCACAUGGAAAGUGGCUUCUCCUUCAGCCCUCCACAGCCCACUGUGCGCACCACCAAGAGCGAGGUGUGCUCUUUCACCAAGGACGACAACACGGCUUCAGGUGCUGUGGGCGUCCUGACCUAUGAGCUGUUCGACAUGCGCAACCGCCACUGCAACGAGCUGAUGGCCAUCAUGUUCUCAGUGCCUUUCGACUAUAACUUCUACAAGAACUGGCUGGGGGUGGGCAUCUUUGAGCACACGCGAGCCUGUGAUGAGAAGCUGUUCAAGCACAUGUAUGAGGGGAAAGACUUCACUAACUUUGUGCGCCAAGAGGCCAAUGGCUCGGGGGUGAAGUACACCGGAAGGGCAUUGGACGUGAGGGCCUGCAUGUCUGAUCAGGGCAGAGCUAUGAUUAAACUUGAGAUGUAUGACAAGAUGGGCUGAUAAGUCUGUUUGUAUUGUUGCAAGAAUGAAAUGCUCUGAACCAAAUGAGUGCAUUGGUGUUGUAGGAACACAGUUGAUGCAGAUAUUCCUCUAAGUCAUGUCAUGUAUGGGUGCUUUAAAUGAAUAAAAAACAGUUCAACUGA